AGAUUCCUAGUGAUUGCAUUUGCUGUGAUAGCAGUUGUUGGAGCGGCUACAUUGCCGGCCGACUACCUGCCACCCGUUGUGGAUAACAGUUUGCCUGUACAGGAAUAUUUACCACCACCAUCUGCAGAUGCGGUCGACGAGCAAACACUACUCGCUAAUGAUGGAUACCGUUACAAGUCUGUACAUCGACUCAAAUACCGUCAUCGUCGUGAUGUAAAUGAACUACCCCAAAACGAAUACCUACCAGCCACAGAAGUAGCUCAAGAAAGUGAAGUGAUUGAAGCCGCGGAACCAGCCGAUGAAGUUAAGCCCGCAGAAGCCCAAGUGAUCGCUGUGGAGGAAGCCACUGAACCCGCUGCUGAAGUAAAGACUGAAUUGGCUGAUGAUGGGUACCGUUACAAAGUCGUUCGUCGCUUGAAAUACCGCAAGCGUCGCGAUGUCGAUGAGCUCCCACAGAACGAAUAUCUUCCACCUGCCGAAGAAGGCCACGAAACUGCUGUUGAAGAAGUUAGUGAACCCGCUGCUGAAGUAAAGACUGAAUUGGCUGAUGAUGGUUACCGUUACAAAGUUGUCCGUCGCCUGAAAUACCGCAAGCGUCGCGAUGUCGAUGAGCUCCCACAGAAUGAAUAUCUCCCACCUGCGGAAGAGGCCCAAGAAACAGUUGUCGAAGAAGUUAGUGAACCCGCUGCUGAAGUAAAGACUGAAUUGGCUGAUGAUGGCUACCGUUACAAAGUCGUUCGUCGCUUGAAAUAUCGCAAGCGUCGCGAUGUCGAUGAGCUCCCACAGAACGAAUAU